AUGUACGACUUGAACAGGUCGGAUACUCCGGCGUACAAAGCCAAACACAGUUACGCAGUGAACAUAAUUAAACCAUUCGUCGUCAACACUCAUCCAAUCGAAAAAUUCGUCAUAAAAGACGACAAGCGUUUGUGUACAGACUUGCUAGAUUACCUCAUCGAAGAAAAUGAUUGUAUUAGGGAUAAUGAGACUGUCAUAAAAAAAUACUCUUUGCAGGAUUCGAUCGUAAUCAAUAUGUACCUAGUUCAUAAUCUAUCUGCAAAGUUAUUUAAAGACGAUGGAGUGUCAAAGUGUGGUUCGUUAAAAUUGACGAGAAAUGAAGACGUACAACUGUCGAAAGAACUUUUGGUACAAAUAGAUUUUGUGGUUAAGGAGAAGUGGUCGCGACCGCUUUAG